AUGUCGCUCACAUACGCGACCGUCCCGCUACAAGUGGAGGACAUCAACCUGGAGGUGUCUACAGUGCAUCAGCUCACCUCCAACCCACCAAUUCUUUUCCUACACGGCUUCGGGUCCUGCAAAGAAGAUCUCGCAGAUGUGCAUAUGCACCCGACCCUGAAGGAGCAUGGGUAUAUUGCCUACGAUGCCCCUGGCUGCGGCCAGACGAAGAGCGACAAGCUUUCUGCCACCGACAUUCCUUUCCUGGUCGCCACCGCCGAAGCCUUCCUGGAACACUUCAAGAUCACUCGUUUUCACUUGAUGGGCCAUUCCAUGGGCGGAUUGACAGCCCUCUACCUGGCGCAUCGCAACCCCGAAAAGGUGUUGAGUUUUGUAAACAUCAAGGGCAACCUAGCCCCGGAGGACUGCUUCCUUAGUCGGCAGAUCUUCACCUUCAAGUCCGACGACCCACAGGACUUCUUCAAUGCGUUCAUUGACCGGACGCGAACUGGGGGUGCAUACGGCAAUGCGUUGUACGCGAGCACGCUGCGCGCGCGGGUACACGUGGAAGCGGUGCGACCGAUCUUCGAGUCGAUGGUGCGGCUAUCUGACGACGAGGACCUAAUGGGGAUGUUCUUGGGUCUGCCCUUCCCGCGCAUGUUCAUGUUUGGCUGGGAGAUGAGGGGGGCUCUCAUACCUGGGACGUCUGGCGCAAGGGGAUGUGGAAUUGGCGCAGAUCGACGGGUGUGGGCAUUUCCCCAUGUAUUCAAACCCGGUAGACAUGUAUAG